AUGCCGCUGAGCCGAGGUCCCGACCCCAGGGCACUCCGACUCCCUCCCCGGGCAGUGGGGGCCGCCCGGCGCAGGACCCAAGGUCAGCAGCACAGCAUCGCGCGCACUCACCAGGUUCGGGGCACGGGGCCCUGCCGUGGACCGGGAGGGUGCGGCCCACAGGGCAGGAGAGCAGGUGGCAGAGCACGCCCUAAGCUCCGAAUAAGGGGCUGCCCCGCACUGCAGCCAGCCGGGCGUGAUCUCGGCCGGAGCCAGAGUCCAUGGCAAGGGCGGGGGCCGGGCGUUCCCAGCUUACAGCGAUGCGGAUCUUCGGCCCCAGAGCCCCGGGCCCGCCUGGAGGGAGAAGGAGAGCCGCCUCCGCAGGGAAGACGCCUUCUCUGUCGGUGCCUUACCUGGGCAAGGAGCGGAGGAGAGGCAAGGGACCGGGACCGGCAGCAAGAGGGGCGGGCCGCCACCAACACGCAGGUCAGCCCUGCUAGCGGCCCGCCAACCAGGCCUGCCUGCAGCUACCUGAGCACCCGGGCCGCGCUGCCUCCGGGAAACUUGAGACGCCGGGGGCUGCUGUGUCCUUCAGCCAACCGGCCAGAGCGCACCAGUUUCAGCCGGGGCCAGACUCCAGCCAGGCUCCCAGGACCUCGCCUCCGCCACCACCCACCGGCCCGAGGACGCUCCCCACCGGGUGCGGAUUUGCCCGAACCUCCCCUCCCGCCCGGACUUUUCCCAAACCCAGAAUGCUCCAGAGCUGCAGGUGGUGUAUCCAGCUUCCUGGGACACAUCUCCACAUAGAGGUUCUUAGACGCAAGAAAAUGUAACCAAAAUCAAACUCCUAAUUUCCUCCCAGGAGAACGCCAGUGAAAGGCAGCACCAGCACCUCUCCCCCAGCCAUCCCUUGGGAGACAUUUUGACUUUCUCCUUUGCAUCUCUGCCAUCAAAUUUGUCACCAAGGAAGAAAUAAAGCUAUUCAUUAGUGAGUACCCGCUUUGUGUCCUCACUGUGC